AUGGCCUAUCCCUUCCCUCUCAAAGAAGUCAACAACAUCUGGAAGGGCAUUCCGCCCAGCCCAGCGCCCUCUCCAGACCCCAGCUACCCCGACCUAGACCCCACGAAUCUAGCCCAAUACACCCGCGACGAACUCAUCAACUACAUGGGCAUGUAUCCCGACCACGCGGUCUCAAUCUUCGACUACGGCAAAAAGCAGCCUCACCUGUGGCCGAAUAUCCCGCGCAUCGACAGUGAAGCUGAGCUGGUAGCCUGGCAUAACAAGACAUUUCCCACCACACCUCUCCCCCAGCCCAGAGAAACAAUCCACGCUAACAUCCUCACACUACGCACCCGCUCGCCGAUCGACCAGCUCAUCAAGACAGACAAGAUCCACGCCCUCAUUGCCCUCCACCGGUCAGGCCGCUGGCCCAACCCACACGGCUUCACCCGCCAAUGCAGCUACGCCUAUCUAGCCUGGAACAACGGCCAGAAGAAGGGCCCGUCAUUCCUGGCCUUCCACUAUAUCCUGUACACAUGUAAGCGCAAUCGUGACUGGGCAUUUGAACGCCCCAGCGCCCCCACCCUGACCGGCAUCCCGGGCACAGGGAACCACCUCGAUUUCAUCAUCAGACAUAGCCCUGAAGCAUUCUUCAGCAUCUGGCCGCACCAAGAUAAGGUCGGGCCGGGGCCCUUGGAUCUCGCGCCGUCAGGCAACACACCCUUACAACCGCGUUCCAUAUCCCAACUCCUCAAGCACGCCGAGCCCCCGCAGCUAUCCAAGCUGCGCGAAAGGAAUAACCUCGAUCUUGCCCUCAACGCACCAGGCCCCUAG